UUCUAUUAAUCUUCUGUCUUAUUUUAGAAUAAAAAAAUAAUUCUGGACCAAACUCAACUAUAUGCACAACAUGUAUUGCAAGUUGCGUCUGAUGUAAGUCUUGAUAUUUUUUAACCAAUUUCACUACAUGAACACUAUGCUUAUUAUGUAUAACUGUUUAUGAUACUUGUUCAGCUCUAACCCUUUAAGCUUUUUACUUCAUAGGCAAGCGUAGU